GAUCUUUCAACAUUUAACUUGCUGUACCUUGGUAAACGCAACAUUUGGAAGUGUUUCGGUAAGAAAAUGAUGAUUUAAAGGAUGAAAGGGAUACUUAAAUUUACCAAGUUCCAACCACAUUACUUUGUACCAUUGUCGAAAGCAAGAUCGUUUAUACAACCUAUACAACCUAUAAUUAAGAGUCAUUAUUUCAGCAUGAGUAGUUCAGUUGGAAAUCAAGGAAAAAAAACCAUACAAAGCCGAAGAUAUGAGCUAGAUUUUGAUCGCUCUAUAGUCGCUGAGAACGGAACGAAAACAGAAGCCAAAGUGCUGGGUACUGCUUUUAAUGUUCUCCUUAUCCGUGCAAAAAACCAAUACUUUGCUACAGCUGGUAAAUGUUCACAUUACGGUGCUCCCUUGGUCAACGGAGCUGUGACUUCAGACGGCCAUAUUGUGUGUCCUUGGCAUGGUGCUUGCUUCAACACUGCGACAGGAGAUGUCGAAGACUCACCAGCCAUUGCAGGCUUGCGUACCUUUCCGAUCUCCUCUACGGAGGACGGCCGUCUUUUUAUUGAGGUAGAAGACCAGGGCGAUGGUGGCUCCCAUGUAUUGCAACCCGAGGGUUGCUGGAGAAACAAGGCCCAGGAAGUUUACCAAAAAGGAAGCCUAGAAAGCCAUGCCGCUGCUCCACACGUUUGCAUCAUUGGCGGUGGGAAAGGAGGUUCUGUAGCUGCUGAAUAUCUCCGUGAACGUAACUAUAAAGGAAAAAUCACUGUCUUCACUCGUGAAAACAUCACUCCCUAUGACAGACCCAAGCUUUCGAAAUCGUUACUUCAUGAUCAUUCUAAACUUGCUUUGCGUUCCAAGGAAUACUACGAUGAUCUAGAUGUUGAAUUUCGUUUCAACUCCAAUGUAAACAAAAUAGAUCCAAAGACAAAAACCAUUUUCUAUGGCAAGGAUAACUCUUCUCAGUUGAAUUACACGAAAUUGAUUUUAGCUACUGGAGGCGAAGCAAAUAAGCUUCCCAUUCCGGGUCUUGAUGCCUCCAACGUUUACUGUCUUCGUACCCUGGAAGAUGCCUCCAAGCUGGCGGCUGUAACAACCGAAUCUGGUAAGAAGAAAAACAUUGUCAUCAUUGGAAGUAGCUUCAUUGGACUCGAACUUGCCAUUGUCUUAAAGGAUCAUUAUGUAUCUGUGGUAGGAAUGGAGUCCUCUCCCUUCGAAAAGGUGAUGGGUAAAGAAAUGGGCAAUGCCAUUAAAGCCCUACAUGAGCAGAACAAUAUCCAAUUUUACUUGGAGAAUUCCAUCCAAGAGGCCGAAAAGUCCACUGCUGAUCCUUCAAUUGCCCACAAGGUCAUUCUCAAAGACGGUGAAACAUUACCUGCUGAUGUUAUUGUGUUGGCAGUCGGUGUCAAGCCUAAUUUGAGCUACCUUGCAGACUCAGUUCAGCUAGAAAAAGACGGAGGAGUGAAAGUCGACAAGAACUGCCGCGUUCAAGGUCUUGACGACGUAUAUGCCGUCGGUGAUAUUGCUCAUGCCCCUUAUGCAGGAUUACCAGAGGAUCAAAGCACACGCAUUGAGCACUGGGAUGUUGCUGGAAAUACCGGUCGCGUUGCCGCAAAUCACAUCCUGCUUGGCGAAAACGCUGAAUACACCACGAAAUCCUUUACUCCCUUCUUUUGGUCUGCUCAAGGCAAGCAAGUCAGAUACUGUGGAAACAAUGCUGCAGAAGGCUUUGACGACGUUGUGGUCCAAGGAUCCAUUACUGAUUACAAAUUUGCAAUAUUUUACACAAAGGGCGAAAAAGUUGUUGGAGUCAGCAGCAUCAUGAAGGAUCCUACUGUCUCUCAAUCCUCUCGUCUUUUCCUUACAGGAAGCAUGCCAACCAAAACCCAAUUGAAGGAAGGUUUGGAUGUUUGUUCAAUCCGAUUGUAAAAAAAAGGAAACAAUCAUGGGUUGGAUACUAUAGCUUCAGUUAGGAGUUAUAAUUCUUAAUGAAAUUACUUUACUAUUAAUAAUUGCAGAAAAAACACAUUCUACAAGCACAAUCCACUCAAUAUAUUUAUAAUCAUA